CACUACUAACACACUACUAACAUUGCACUUUUUUUUAAUAUCUUAAUGAAAUCAAUGAAGGUUGAUUUUUUGGCUCUUGCUACUCUUUUAGUACUUUACAUUGGUUGGUAAACUAAUGUGACCACGCUAGCAGCUGCCGUGUGGGGACUUCUCUUUCUUCUUCCUCACUUGAGCCUUUCUCUUCAUUCUCAAAAGUCUCCACUUUUGGAGGCAAUGGGUUAAGGGGUGGUUUUGUUCAUAAUAUUGUCCUAAUAGUGAUUUGCAGCAUCUGAAUCUUGUUAGAUCAUCACUGGAGUUCAGUCAGCAGCAAUGAUGUGUUUUUCAUUCUACUAUGGAGAGAAGAAAGAUGAGCCAAAAGGCUUGCAGUCAACAUCGGGUCGAUCAGACAAUUCCCGACAUGUCGAGGCUGAGGUUAGAGGAUCUGGUUCUGACUUUAAUUCUCUGGAUAUCUCUGACAGUGGCAGCACUGAAUCCCUUAGGAGAAGUGCAAUUCCAAGUUUGUCCCAAAGACCCAGUAACCUUAGAGUCUUUACUGUACCUGAAUUGAAAACAGCGACAAAAAAUUUCAGUCGCUCUGUUAUGAUUGGAGAGGGUGGGUUUGGGUGUGUCUACCUGGGAUCCAUUAGAAGUGUGGAGGAACCCUCCAGAAGAAUUGAAGUUGCAGUUAAACAGCUUAAUAAAAAAGGAAUGCAGGGGCAUAGGGAAUGGGUGACAGAAGUGAAUGUACUGGGCAUUGUUGAGCAUCCCAAUCUUGUGAAACUAGUGGGAUACUGUGCUGAUGAUGAUGAAAGAGGAAUUCAGAGGCUUCUGAUCUAUGAAUACAUGGCAAACAGAAGCGUGGAGCACCAUUUGUCGCAUCGAUCAGAGACUCCUCUCCCAUGGAGUAGGAGAUUAAAAAUAGCCCAAGAUGCGGCUCGUGGGUUAACAUACCUGCAUGAGGAAAUGGAUUUUCAGAUAAUUUUCAGAGAUUUCAAGUCUUCAAAUAUCCUUUUGGAUGAACAGUGGAAUGCAAAGCUAUCAGACUUUGGGUUGGCAAGGUUGGGACCAUCAGAUGGACUGACUCAUGUCUCAACAGCGGUUGUUGGAACACUGGGAUAUGCAGCUCCUGAAUAUAUUCAAACUGGACGCCUCACAUCAAAGAAUGAUGUAUGGAGCUAUGGUGUCUUCCUUUAUGAACUCAUUACUGGUAGGCGCCCUUUAGAUCGAAAUCGCCCGAGGGGUGAGCAGAAGUUGUUGGAGUGGAUUAGGCCAUACUUAUCAGACGGAAAGAAAUUUCAACUAAUAUUGGAUCCAAGACUUGAAAAGAAACAAGUCAUCAAAUCAGCUCAGAGACUUGCUGUGAUAGCCAAUAGAUGCUUGGUCAAGAACCCAAAGAAUCGCCCAAAGAUGAGUGAAGUCUUGGAAAUGGUGAAUGGAAUAGUAGAAUCUUCAUCCAGUGCGAGUCCACAAUUGCCCUUGAAGAGUGUGGCAACAGUGCAAAUUUCCCAUGAUCCUGAAAUGAAAAACAAGAAACGUACCAUGGAUUUGAAGGCUGGAGAAGGUAAUUGGUUUGUUAGGAUGUGGAGACCAAAGCUUGUAAGAACAUGUUGAUUAUGGUAGCUUUAAGCCAUCAGGCCUGUUACUUGGGAACAAAGCUUCUUCAUGAUGAGGGAAGAACUCUUGCAUACUCCCCAAUGCCACACUUACACAAUAGAUGUGCAACUUUUCCAUCUCUUCUAAUGAUUUGUAUAAAUCUGCCAUCAUACACUACUUAGUACUUACCAAUUACCGGAGGUGUUUCUAUCUUGUCAAUCUAUUUGUGCAAAUUUUUAAGGAUGAUUUAUGAAUUUCAGGGGACACGAUAGGUUUAAUUUCUAUGGAUAUGCUCGCUUUU